GCAUUUCUUCUAUUACAGGGGGUGGUGGUGAGACAGGGUCGGGGGCAUCAAUUAGAGCGCCAGCGGCGGCACGUCGAAGUCGAGGCGCUGCGCGACGCUCACCGGCGACUCGAGAAGCUUGAUCUCCGUCUGCUCGAAGACCUUGGUCGGCGACGCCACCAAUGUGGGCGACGCCGGCGUGAAGACCUCGGGGUUCCGGUUCAGGAUCGCGUCGCGCUUGAGCACGGAGCGCAGCGUCUUGCGCUUGGCCGACGGCUCGAAGUGGCACUCGCCGUUGAGUUCGACCAGCAAGCGGCCGCUCUGCGGCUCGGCCGGCUCGGGCGGCGGGUUCAGGAUGCCGAAGGCGCGCUCCUGGAACUUGACGCUCUUGCGCCGGAAGCGCGGGCCCUCCAGGAGCAGCACGUCGGGCUGGUCGAGGGCGACGCCCGCGCGGUCGACGAUGAGCUUCGGGCUCGAGGGCGGCGGCGGCGGGUCGAACGGAUCGUCCAUGACGAGGGGCUCGUGCGGGGCGGCCAAGUCGAGGCUGUCCCGGCGCGUGACGGCGUAGCAGGCCAUUAUUACUGGGUCGAGCUAAUCAAGCGGUCUGUCUGACGGUGUCGAGCGGCUGCUGGCGUCUCGAAGGGUCGGGACGCAGCGUUUGCACUCAAACUUUGAGGCAGCUCUCAGUUCCAAAAGCGCCUGCUGGAGGGUCGCGCGAGCUGUGGCUGGUUUGGCGAAGUACAGGCGACCGAAAGGGCUGCCAGGAGUGUUCAGAAGGUCUCCAACCGCGCUAGAUGGCUCACAAACAGCGUGAAGCUUG